UGUUGGUCACUAGUCACCUGGAUAGCUUACCUGGCGCAAUGGUGAACCUGGUGGUCUUCGCCUCAACAUUGUUGGCGCUCGCCGCGGCCGAUCGUGGCUAUGGGGGCGGCGCACCCCAAGGCCCCAUCUUCACCCACGGCGGCGGAGGUUAUAGUGGGGGUGGCAUCUCAGUUGGUGGAGGCUGUGGGCAUGGUCAGGUGCGUCACGUGGACGGCAGCUGCGUCUCGCCGCAGGUGACGCGCAAUCUGUACGUGUACCGCGCCCCUGGCCUGGCGCCCAUCGUCGGUCCCCGCCCUCACGUGCCGCCGCCCCGCGUGGAGCACAACGUCAUCUUCAUCCACUCGCCGGACACCCUCACGGGACAGAAGCCCAUCGUGGUGCCGCCGCCGAAGCAGAAGAACGUUGUGUACCUGCUCAGUAAGCGGCCUCAGCUGGACCAGCAGGUGAUCGAAGUACCCGCCCCCGAGCAGCAGGCGCCGGAGAUCUUCUUCGUCAACUACGCCGAGGGAGAAAACCCGUUUCUGCCCACCGGCGAAGACCUGCAGUCCGCCCUCAGCAAGGCUUCCCAGGGCAGUGGCGAACUCGUCAGCAGCGGUGGCCACGGCGGCGUGAUCGUUGACGGGGGACAUUCCUUUGAAGAUCUGAGUGACGUGUACACCAGCCCCGCCCUGCCGCCCACAAUCUACCGACAGCCGUAGUCACCUGCGAAAGGCCGUCAACCUCGACUUGGGUGCCCCUAACCUGACGGCCUUCACUGACUUGCUACAAACUGGGACAUGGGUGCAACUUCUUAAGGUGGCCAUGUAAUGCUUCAAUAAACACAUUAUUCUUUAA